CAGGACCAGCUCCCUCACAUUUUGGUCCAAAACAAAACUUCCUCCUCCUCCACCUUCCGACCCCACAAGACGAUUGUAAGUAAAGCGUGAGAGCCAUUACCCUGAGGCCGGAAGCACUCCGGCUCCAGGCUCCCGCCUUCCCCUUUUUCAAUCUGCGGCGACCUUCCAGAACUCCAAAUAGCUUCUCUCUUGGCCCAACAAAAGAUUUUCUUUCAGAUACUAUUUUUAAAAGUAUAUAUUGUUUCGGAGGUAUUUAGGGUGCAAAUAUGGAGCAGAGAUUGGCGAAUGCAUGGCGCAUGACUUUGAACGAGAAGAGGUUCAUUGAAACUGCAUUGCUUUCUGACCUCAGAGUCGAUGGCCGGCUCCCUUUCGAUUACCGGAAACUAACUGUCAAGCUUGGCAGAGAAGAUGGUUCAUCAGAGGUGCUGCUAGGGAAAACUCAUGUUAUGGGUUUUGUGACUUCGCAACUAGGGAAACCUUAUAGAGACCGGCCUAAUGAGGGGAGCCUUGCAAUCUAUACUGAGUUUUCUCCAAUGGCUGAUCCUUCAUUUGAGGCAGGUCGCCCUGGAGAGUCUGCUGUUGAGUUGGGACGGAUAAUUGAUCGUGGUCUAAGGGAAAGUAGAGCUGUGGACACUGAAUCUCUCUGUGUUGUAGCAGGCAAGUGGGUGUGGUCUAUCCGUAUUGAUCUCCAGAUUUUAGACAACGGAGGGAACCUUAUUGAUGCUGCCAACAUUGCAGCCUUAGCUUCCCUCUCAACAUUCCGGAGGCCUGAUUGCACCGUUGAAGGAGAAGAUGGACAGGAAAUUACUUUGCACCCACCUGAGGUCAGGGAACCACUUCCCUUGAUCAUUCAUCAUAUGCCUAUAGCAGUGACCUUUGGAUUUAUUGGAAACGAGAACACAGUGGUUGUAGAUCCAACUCACUUUGAAGAGACUGUAAUGGGAGGAAGAAUGACAGCGACUGUUAAUGCAAACGGUGAUGUCUGUGCCAUUCAAAAGGCGGGAGGAGAUGGUGUCAUGCAGAGUGUUAUAAUGCAGUGUCUUCGCAUUGCUUCAGUGAAGGCUGGCGAUAUAACAAGCAAGAUAAAGAAUUCUGUUGAAUUGUACUGCGAAGAAAGAGCUCUUAGGAAGAUCAAAACACACACACAUGCUACUACAGCAAUUGACAUUCCUGACUCAGGUAAUGGGGAAGUCAGUGAUCUGUCAAUGCAGAAUAUGGAUAUACAGAGAGUCAAAUUGGAGGACCUCUGUGUCAGUCAUAGUGAUGACAUGGAUGUUGAAACACAAAUUUCUAAGCCAAAUAGAAAUAAAGGGGAAGUUAACAAAUUUCAGAAUUUUUCUGGCAGGCCCUCAAGUUGGGAUCCAUAUUCAGCGGUUGUCAACAUAGAAGAAUUGAAAUCUACUCUUGGUUCACAUGGAGGCUUAUCAGCUACCCUUGAGAAGAAUAAGACUUGUGGAAAUGAUGAAGCAGUGCAUGAAAAGCCUGUUGUCGCAGAUUCUGGACAAUGUCAAGAAGAUUUUAAUGCUGCUGCACCUUCAAUAAACUUGAGAUCUGGAGAUCAAAUGUCGACUCACACGGUGAAAACAUUAAAGGAUGCUAUAAAGCCUAAGCACCGACGUAAAAAGAAGGCCACCACAAAAGCUGCUGCUGAUGAAAUUCAGAGGACAUAAGCCAGAGUUAUCUUUUCAAAAUGAUAUAGUAGCAGUGUAGAAUGUUCUGCUGGAUGUAGUUUCAAUUAUGUGCUUCUAUCUCGCCUACAGUUUGGUUAUUAUUAUGUCUGGAACCAAUUCUUAAAACUGAUUAUGCUCUCUCAAGGAGCACUUGGAAGCUAGAAGUAGAAUGAUUUUGAUGGGUGUCUGGAUAUAAACUUAAGAAACAUUAUUGAAGCUUAAAAUAUCAAUUUUGAGGAAGCUAGAGGUACUUGGGAUGUUUUUAAUUUUUACUUGGAUUGUAAUUUGCUGGUCUGGUUUGGUCUGUUUAAGUCUGGUCGGGUGUGAACUGGUUUGGUCUGUUUAAGUCUGGUCUGGUCUGGGACUGAAAACAGUCCAAGUAAAAACAUCGUUACUGAGUUACUGUAUUGCUCUUGGGGAAUUGAUUUUGAUUCUGAACUUUUCACUCAUUAAAUGCCUUCCAUUGUUUCAUCCAUUUCUGGAUAACUAAUUCUAAUUCUCACUCAGCUUCUUAUAAAGAACCAGGAGUCAUUCCCAUAUUUUGACUAUAAUGAUGAGAGGGAAGCAAGACCUGUGGUCUGUGGAUGACUUACAGAGUUACAGUACAACCAACUCUCAUAUAAAGAUCAUCUUUGACGCCAGAAAAUAUCCUUUGGAUGACAGAGUUUGCCAUCUUUGACAUAAAUAUUGUUAUUACUGCGUAUUCCCUUGUUAGUUUACAUGACAAUUAAUAUGGCUAUAGAAAAUAGAAAGGCAAUUUGUUCCUAACAUUUCACGGUCAGGACCCAGGCAUCAUGGUUUUGCAUUUUCCUGACAGACUACUAACUACUGUUCUUUGUAGGAUUUUCUGGUUUAAUCUUUUUUUCAAGUUUACUGUAGUCUAGUUUGGUUUGGUUUGACAUUAUGUAAUUUUGUUCUUAUAGAUAUAUACAUUAAUAUUAGUGUAAUACAUAUGCCUAUUCUGC